GAGAAAAUAAGUAUGGUCUCGGUGAUGCAACCAUUCAUGGAUGUUGAGAGUUCAAGAAGUUACAUCGAUGAACUAUACUCGUUGGAUCCACAAAAAUGCUUAGAAGCUAUUAUAUGUCUAAAAAAUUCUGUCAUUGGUAGUAAUAGACAAAAAGGAUCUGUAAUAGCUCAAGGUGUAGUACCACGUUUAUUACAACUUCUUGGGGAUUCAUCAAACAGAAUUGGAGAUAAUAUAAGACUUGAGGCUGCAGUGACUUUGGGUUCUUUAGCCAAGGGAACAGAUCAACAUGUGUUGGCACUUAUAGAUCUUGGUGUAGUGCCAUUGCUUUUUCAGGUUUUGUUGUCAACACCAGUUUCAGAAAUACCAUUAGAAGGAAAACCAAAAGUAACAGACUUAUUAAAUGAAGCAUGCUUACGUUGUUUGAGAACAGUAUUUCAACAUCCAGCAGCACCAGUUCAUUCAAUAUACCAAGAUCCUGCAUUAGUGCCAAGAUUGGUGUCAUUAGCAAGUCAAUCUGUCACUUGUCAAAUUUGUGUAGCAACAAUUUUAACAACAACAUGUAAGACAGUAGAGGAGCAGAAUGCCUUGUGCAAAGGAGGUGCAGUUGAAAUAUUAGUAACACAAAUAGAUUCUCCAUUAUAUGAUGUACUGUUGUCAGCUUUAGCUUGUUUGGCAAAUAUGUGUUACAAAAAUCAAAGGGCAUGUGCUAAGGUUAUGUCAGUGACUACCACUAAUACCCCAGAGGGUAAAUUUGUACCUAUAGCAUUAGGACCAUUAAUGGGUCGCGAGAAAAGCUCCUCAAUUCAACUUGAAGCUGCAAGAUGUAUUACAUACAUGCACAGAGUUGGAAUUUUAUCAUAUAAAGAUCCAAGAGUUAUAUACCGUGCAUUACCUUGUUUGGUGCGGCUCUGUCACAGUGAUUAUCCACCUCGUGAAAGAGUAAUUGCAGCAGAAACUUUGGCUUUUCUUACUGAAGUUAACACUGAAUUACAGCGUUUAGCUUCCAUUAGUAAUCAUUUAAUUCCUACACUUGCAGAAUUAUUACGACCUCACCCACAAAUACAAGAUGCAACAUUGGCACAAGAUAUGCGACAAGCAGCAUUCAGGGCAUUUGCAUCUCUCGGUGCUAACGAUGAAGAUAUUAGAAAACGUAUUAUUGAGACAGAAAGUCUUAUGGAACAGGUGGUGGCAGGUCUUCAAGACCCUGGAGGUUCUCAUGUACGUUUAGCUGCAGUUAGAUGUCUACAUUCACUUUCUAGAAGCGUUCAACAACUCCGAACAACUUUUCAAGAUCAUGCUGUUUGGAGACCACUUAUGCAGUUAUUACAUGGAGCAGACAAAGGAUUAGAGGGUAGAGGCGAAAGCGAAGUUGAUUUAUUAACUGUUGCCUCGAGUACUUUAUGUAACUUAUUAUUGGAAUUUAGUCCAAGCAAAGAACCAAUUCUUGAAUCCGGAGGAAUAGAGUUACUAUGCUCACUUACAAAACGGUCUACACCGGCAUUGCGGUUAAACGGAAUCUGGGCUUUGAUGAAUGUGGCUUUUCAAGCUGAACAACAAGUAAAAUUACAGAUUCUACAAUGUUUGGGAACCGAUCAAAUCUUUUGUCUUCUGGCAGAUCAAGAUAUACCAGUUUUAAUGAAGACAUUAGGUUUAUUACGAAACUUGCUCUCUACGAAGGCACACAUAGAUCGCAUAAUGGGAGAACACGCUGCUCACGUUAUGCAAGCUGUCAUAUUAGUUUUAGAAGAUCCAAGACAUCCAGCGGAUGUAAAGGAACAAGCUCUCUGUAUUUUAGCAAAUGUAGCUGACGGUAAUCGAGCAAAGGAUAAUAUUAUGGCUAAUGAAGAUGUGCUUAAAAAACUUAUGUCUUAUAUGAUGCAUCACAAUGUAAAGCUGCAAGUUGCAGCAGUUUUUUGUGUGUGCAACCUAGUCUGGAGGGAAGAACCUGGUGCUGCGCAGCGGCAAACACGUUUAAAAGAAUUGGGUUUUUAUCGUAUUUUACAAGAAUUACGUCAUAGCAAGGAUCUUCAAUUAUUUGAUAAGGUCAGAACUGCCAUAGCACAAUUCUAUGAUGCCUAAAUUUCGAACGUGUUACCGAUGAAAGUUAGGUUUUGAUUUAGAGUUCUUUUAUACGUGAAAUAUAAUUAUAUUUUGGUGUUAACACUGUGAUUCUGUACUUUGUUAAUGCAUA